AGAUAGAGACAUCUGUUGCGUUUCUUGUUUAUUGUCUUAUAUUCAUUCCAUUCAUUGCGAACAUCAACCGCAAUGGCAGAAACAAGCACCGUCCAAACUGGGCAAUUCCAGAGAAUCGACUCGCAACCUGAGAACCCCUAUUCGCAUCUCAUUACGGACCAAACCACUGUGAUCGUUCCGUCGUUUACCCUCGAGUCUGGUGUCACGUUACACAAUGUCCCUAUCGCCUACACCGCGAGGGGCGAGUUGUCUCCCGAACGUGACAAUGUCUUGGUUAUUUGCCAUGCAUUGAGUGGUAGUUCAGAUGUGGCGGACUGGUGGGGCCCGCUCCUGGGUGGACCUGGUCAGGCAUUUGAUGUAUCUCGAUUCUACGUUGUCUGCUUGAACAGUUUGGGCAGUCCGUACGGAAGUGCCAGUGCCGUGACAUACAAGGACGGUGACCCGGAGAAGGGGAUUUACGGGCCUGAGUUCCCGCUUACUACUGUCCGUGAUGAUGUGAGAAUUCACAAGAUGGUCUUGGAUGACAUGGGCGUCAAGCAGAUUGCGGCGGUGAUUGGAGGUUCCAUGGGCGGUAUGCUCGCUCUGGAAUAUGCGUAUUUCGGCAAGGACUAUGUGCGAGCAGUUGUUCCGAUCGCCACCUCUGCCCGCCAUUCCGCAUGGUGCAUCAGCUGGGGAGAGGCUCAAAGACAAAGCAUCUACAGCGAUCCAAAGUACGACGAUGGCUACUACACCUUCGACGAUCCUCCGGUAACGGGACUGGGAGCUGCACGCAUGUCCGCACUCCUCACCUAUCGCAGUCGUAACUCGUUCGAGUCGCGAUUCGGCAGAAAUGUUCCCGACCCCUCGAAGCAGCAGAACAUCAGGGACACCCAGAAGCUGCCCACCCCUCCUAAUGAGCACUGGGCUGUUCACAACGAUGGACACAAGGGUGGACAGUCGCGGAGUUCACCCACUCCGCAGCUGCAGGCUGAGCUGCCGGCCAUUGAGUAUAUGGAUCCGCAGUUUUCGGGUACCAAGACUUUCAGCGCACCUGUGAAGCCCAGUGUCGAGGGACGGAGGAGGCCCCCAACCUACUUCUCAGCCCAAUCUUACCUGCGCUACCAGGGAGAGAAGUUUGUCAAGCGGUUUGACCCCAACUGCUACAUCGCCAUCACCCGCAAGCUUGACACGCACGAUGUCUCCCGUUCCCGCGCCAGUCCGACGUCGGAGGACCCGGUCAAAGAGGCGUUGGGUCAAAUCGAACAGCCUGCGUUGGUUCUGGGAAUCGAAAGCGAUGGUCUGUUUACAUUUGAAGAGCAACAGGAGGUUGCGGCUGGCAUUCCGGGCUCGAGACUGAAGCGGAUUGAAAGCCCCGAAGGACAUGAUGCCUUCCUCCUCCAGUUCGAGCAGGUCAACCGUUACAUCCUCGAAUUCUUCCGCGAGGUCUUGCCGGAGAUCAUGUCCAAGCAGACAGCCGAGGGCGGCGCCAUCGUCGACGGCGUCAACAAGCUAACCAAGAGCAGCACCUUCGGCGAAGCUGAAGUCGAGGACAUCACUGCAUGGUAAGCUCCCGCAAAAAGCCAGCCUUGAUCGAUAUUGGCGCAGUAAUUGCAGCCUUUGCUUUGCCAUGCUCUACGCACCCCGGGUUCUCACGGUGAAAGAGAAACGCGCCGUGGGAAGUCGGGCGCACCGACGGGCAUGAAAUAUAUACGGGGAAGUUGCAGUGCGGUUCUUUUCUUGUGAUUUAUACAACCAGUCAAGAGGGAUGAGCAUCCAACUGCCUCUCUCGUGGUUACCUAUCAGGUAAGACUGUAAAGAAGCAUCCAACUGCUCUCCAUCAUAUAAGCCCUCAGUGGAUGUAUCUAUUACCUAUUCACCGAGGGUGGUGGGUCAUGUAGAUAGUAUAGGGAUAGUGAUAUAUUGGGAAACAAUCAAUAUGUAUAUCUUACACUUCUAUGAAAUUGGG